AUGACCACACAACGUGUGUUCCGCCUGCCUCAGCGCACGUCCAUUCUAGACCUCCGGGUCAACGAAGAAAAGGUGCCUGAGCCUGCCUCCCAAGAAGUCCUGAUCCGAAUCAAGGGCAUUGCUCUCAACUUCCGCGACUUCGCCGUCGCCACUGGAAAGUACCCCUUUCCUGUCAAACACAAUGUGGUGCCCUGCUCUGACCUGUCUGGCGAGGUCGUACGUGUGGGCAAUCAAGUGGACGACUUCGCCGAGGGAGACAGGGUUAUCGCAUCCUUUGACUUGAAGACGUUAUAUGGUACCAUGCCGGAUUGGCACCAUAGCCUGGGUGGUUGCUACGAUGGAGUGCUUCGAGAAUACAUCGCAUUACCUAGCUCUGCGCUCGUUAAAGUGCCAUCGACCAGCGGGCUCAGCUUCGCUCAACUUUCGGCUUUGGCAUGUACGGGCACCACCGCUUGGAAUGCACUUUAUGGCAACAAUUCCCUGAAACCUGGACAGACAGUGCUCUUUCUUGGCACUGGUGGCGUCUCGAUCACUGGUCUAAUCUUAGCCAAAGCAGCAGGCGCUGUUACAAUCAUCACCUCUUCAUCUGACGACAAGCUCGCCCAAGUCCGAAAGACGUAUGGUGCCGACUACGCCAUCAACUACAAGUCGAAUGCGAACUGGUCUCAAGAGGUGCUCAAGAUCACCAACGGCCACGGUGCGGACUUUAUUCUCGAGAACGGUGGAGCCGGGACGAUUGCUCAAAGCAUUGAAGCAGUGGCCUAUGGCGGAAACGUUGCCGUGAUAGGGUUCCUUGCCCCAUGCCCACAAGACAAGAUGCCCGAUGUAGCUGCGCUGGCCCUCUCCAAGGGUGCGAUCGUUCGCGGCAUCAUGGUUGGGUCUAAGCAACAACUAGAAGAUGUCACAUGUUUUGUGACUUCUAAGAACCUCAACGUGCCCGUGGAGAAGGUCUUUGGUUUUGAAAGGGAAGACGUCGUAUCAGCUUUCGAGUACUUGGUGUCUGGUCAGCACAUCGGCAAAGUAUGCACUGUUGUGAACUGA